AUUUUCUCACCCUCCCCUGUAUCCCUGAGCCCUUCGGAUACUCGGUUUUUAUUGUUAGUCUUUGAGUUGUCUAGGGGCUUUCUUGUCGCUUUUGCUCGCUGCUACUCUCGCUCGCAUCAAGUGUAUGGCUGGAGACAUACACUAGAUGUCGACCCAGCCGCAGAUCCCAUUACCCCAGGUCGGGAAGCUCGUCAGCGUGGUUCCAGUUGGUCUCAAGGAGGCUGCUCUCGACUCGCCCACAUUCCGCGCUACCACCCUCCACUUCUCCGACCAGAUCGAAUUCCUGGAAAGAUGGCUCGACGGCUAUGCGAGGGCCGCUUCAAAGCUCUCUACAGAGCUUGCGGCAAUGGAGAGCGCGGUGAACAUCUUUCUGUCGUAUUCCACGAACCCCCUUCUCGUCUCGGAAGCUGUUCUUGAUCAUGAUUACACCCUGCAAUCGAUGAAGAGGAGUGGGGACAGCUCCAGAGAUAUGUGGAAUGGUCUGAUAACUACGGUCAAAAAGAUGGAAUCCCUCAUUUCUGAGCCCAUCCGGACUUUCAUACAGGACGAUUUGCGGAAUUUCAAGGAGUCCCGCCGCACCCUCGACCAGACCCAGAAACAGUACGACUAUCUACUGGCCAGAUACUCAUCGCAAUCGAAGUCGAAAGAGCCCUCAUCCCUAAGAGAGGAUGCGUUCCAACUCCAUGAAGCUCGCAAAGCUUACCUCAAAGCGUCGAUGGACUACUCCAUACAGGCCCCCCAAUUACGAAAUGCGCUCGACAGACUAUUGGUUCGAGUCUCUUACGAUCAGUGGCGGGAGCUCAAAAUUUUCCACAACAGCAAUGGCACGGCGUUCACGAAAUGGGGUCAAGAGAUGGAUCGCAUCAAAGGCUGGGUUCACGAAAUGGAAGGGAGUGAAAGGUCUUCCAAGCGAGAGCUCCUGUCUUCCAGGAAACAGAUCGAGGAAGCAGCAGAGACUGCCGCUAGACCAUCCCGUGAACUUGAAGACUAUUCUGUGUCCACUGUCCCCUACCUCGGCUCUCGUCCUCUGUCGACGGCCAGCAUGACCAAAGAGACUAGACCGGAGAAGCAAGGAUGGGUGUUUCUCCGUACUCUUUCAGGAAAGCCCACCCGGACUAUCUGGGUUAGACGGUGGGCUUUCCUGAAGCAUGGCAUCUUUGGCUGCCUCGUCCAGGGAUCUCGAACUGGUGGUGUCGAGGAGAGCGAGAGAAUCGGAGUUCUACUCUGUAGCGUUCGAGCUGCCUUCCAAGAAGAGCGAAGGUUUUGCUUUGAGGUCAAGACGAAAAGCAACACUAUAAUGCUUCAGGCUGAGACGCAGAAAGAACUCAUGGAUUGGAUUGCUGCUUUCGAAGCUGCUAAGCGAAAGGCGCUGGAGAAUCCGGCAAGCACCGAUCUUUCAGUGUCGGGCAAAGUCACUGUUCAGGAUCCUGCUUUCGCAAUCUCUCAGCCACCAGCCCCCGAAUUCGCUGCUGACCCUUCUGAUUCGCUUACACCACGUGCGAGCGACGACCAAGGCUCUUCAGACCGCAGCGGAAUGCUCGCUCUCCCAGAAAGAGACCCUUCUGCACUCAGGAACAGCAGCGAUCUCAGCAGUUAUAGAAGGCUGACUACAGUGGAUUCCGACAGCCCUGCGCGCGAACACGCGUCCCGUAUCAUGCAGAAGCUGGAUCUUCAUCGCAAAUCAAACAACGCAGUGGCCCCGUCUACUUCGUUACCGGGUAUCGGGGGUGGCAUAGCGAGCCUAAUCUCUGCCAGUCACAGUGCUCUUGGACCGGGGAGCCCUCCUCUGACCUUCGACGCUGAUGGCAACAGGACUCGUAGCUCGACUUUGAUGACUUUGAGCAAUGACCCUCCUUCUUCUCUUGCCCCAGUGACUUUGGCAAACCCUCCUGCUCCUACGAGUAUGAGCAAGGCAGCGGUGGUCGUGAGCAAUGAACGGGGUAUCGGGUUGGGUCAAGCCGACAAGACAGGCGGAAUGCCGAGUGGUAUGAUGGCAAACCUAUGGGGUAGCUCGAACUGGGGUUUUAUGAAUCGGAUCGAACGUGAACGCAUGGGGAUGCCGGGUGAUCAGGGCUCAGGCCCCUCAGACAAGCUGUCCUCGGCAGCAAAUGAUCCAUCCAAACAAUUUUUGACAGCCGAAGCUGAUACGUCUAGUGGAUCUCCAGCGACUCGACCAAAGUCUGGGUCACGUCACAGGCAGACGGUGAGCCUGGACGACCCGUCUAAAGUGCAGCGGGCAUUGCAGGGCGAUACACACGAUUAUCCCAGUUUCUACCCGCCGCAGCUUAAGAUUCAAGAUGCGCAGUUUCGGCUGCUAUUUCCUGAUAUCAAGAGGGAAGAGCCUUUGGUCAUGGUGUUCCGAGCUACAUGGAACCCCAACGAUCAGCAAGACUUCCCUGGAAGGGCAUAUGUCACAACUCAGAAUAUAUACUUCUACAGCCACCAUUUUGGGCUGGUUCUCACGACAAGCAUCUCACUGGAGAGUAUUAAAGAAGUCACUGCUGCCCCGGGACGGGACUGCGACUUCCUGUUUCUUCAUAUGAUCCCGCCUCCCGGCGAUGAUACCCCUGGCCGCGGAACUGUCAAGACGUUCCUUGAGCCACUGAGGCUUCUCCAGCGGCGACUCAACUUCUUGAUCCAUAAUUGUACUGCUGCCGAGCCAUUGGGUUUGGAAUCAACCUUCAAGACCUUGAACCGGAUGGAGACUGAAGCACUAACGCGCACUCCUAGCUUGGAUAGCUGGGAAGAUGUGGCCGCUGGGGAUGACAAGUUUGAUGGUGGGGAAAGUGUCGCAGAAGCCCCGAAGAAAGACAUUGGAGUCUAUAUUGAUAAUGACUUGGACAUGCAUAAGAAGAACGGCAAUGGCAAGGAUACUCCCAAAUUCAGACUGCCAACACAGCCCGUGCAGUAUGUUCCUCAAGGCGAUCUUCAUCUGGCAGCAGAGAAGGUUCUUGACAUAAGUGCGAAAGCGGUCUUCCAUAUUCUCUUUGGCGACAAGAGUGCAGUCUGGCAGCUCCUCCUACACCAACGAAGAGCAAAGGGGAUCAAACAAGGGCCCUGGGUCAGACAGGAGUCCAACCAUUUAAGACGGGAUUUGUAUUAUCAGAUUGAGACGGCUGACAUGCUUGGACGUACUCAUAACAAAGAAAUCUCGGAUUAUCAGAUGAUCGACGUCUUGAAUGAUCAUCUGUGCUAUGUUAUCACGGACAAGCGGACGCCCUGGCACCUUCCUUUCAAGCGGUCAUUUAGGCUGGUUAGUAAGGUUGUGAUUACCUUUGUCGCUAAGGGAAAGAGCAAGCUCUCAAUAUAUACUAAGGUUGAGUGGUUAUGGUCCCCUUAUGGCCUUCAACACAUCAUCGAUAAAAGCGCAAGCCAUGAUCUGGAACAAGACGCGUUGGACCUGGUCGAUCUAGUUGGCGACCAGGUUCGUCGACUAGGCGCGCAUAGUCGAACCAAGAAGGCCAUCACGAUAUUCGGACACAUCGGACGCCAGGGUUUCGCAUCGCAAUUCUCGCCCCAAGGAGAUCUACAGCUGGAGCCGCGUAACCCACGAGUCCAGAGGACUCUGGUCCAGCUCCUGUUUGAGACACUUGUCUCCGUCCUUGAGACCAUUGUUUCAGACUUGAUGAUGUGGACGUUCGCUUUUCUACGUUGGGUGUGGAAGACCACCAAUGCCAAUAAGGUCAUCCUCAUCUUGUUAUUAUCGAGUAUGUUGAUUAACGGCUUCUAUUCAUCCCGCGAUGCCUAUGAAUGGUGGCAUGACAGGACUGUCGGGAACUUCAUGGCCCGCAUCGGGGUCAGCCCAGACAAUGUGAUGACUAAAGCUAUCUACAUGAGAGAUAUUGACGACGCCAUCGCAAAUACGACAGUCGGACACGGGAGUGAGAAUGUGAGCGACUGCUUUGCAACUUUCCACCAGCAGACAGUGCGCAACCCUGGAAACACAAUAUCCCUGGGAACGUCCGGGUUCAGGGAUUCGAUGACGAGGAGCGCGGCCCGAAGGAUUCAACAGACGCGCGAACGGCUGGCUUCGUACCGACACGAUCUCCUGGUCGCACUGCGAGUGGUGAACAGCAUCGAAAGGGAAGUCGUUCAGAGUGAAUGGGAGCGCUGGUUGCGACAGGAGUUGCGACGAUGCCGCCAAGUCCAAGUUCUUCUCGGCAAGCGCGAAGGCGAUGAAGAGGUGGACCUUGAGGUGGACCGCACGGGUCAGAGUGUCUUUGCUGAGCUCACCGACGAUGUACAGCAAUGGUAUGAAACAUACUGCACCAGUUGUCAGGCGGAGCACGCGCAGAUUGAAGACGAGAGUUCUUUUGGUGUUCCAUAGACAUUUUCACAUAUGGCGGAGGAUGUAUGGCUGUUUUGUCUGUCCGUUACUUGCUUGUUCACACGAUACCCGGCUGCAGUUGAUCACUGUCCAUUCGUCGAUGCGUCUGAAAUUGGCCCGGCCAAUCUUGUUGCUGUCUCCGUGUAUAUAUUCGAUUUGACUGAGAAAUUGGAGGACUUGUUGUAAGCUGCUCCCACU